AUGGCACCGCCCACAGUCAAGGACGAACACGACGACCUCGACGACCUCGACGACGUUCUCGACGAGUUCAACGCGCCUUCUGCCCCGCGAGCGACCGCCCCUCCUCCUCCUCCCUCCUCAACCGCCGCCGCUUCUUCCUCUGUUCCCGCUCCCGCUACCUCUUCCUCCGCCCCGAAAGCGACAGACGAUCUCUUCCCAGACCCCGACGACGAUGCCCUGCCCGACUCGCUCGACUCGCUCGACCCGCAACUCGCGAAAGACCUCGAAGAAGGGAUGAAGGCGUUGCUUGCUGGGCUCGGGCCAGGCGCAACGGGCGCCUCUUCGAGCGGCGAGACGUCGACUCCUGGAACGGGCGGGGCGGGCGAGGACGCCUUUGAUGAGAACGAGUUCAGGAGGGUCAUGGAGGAAUUGAUGAAGGGCGGUCCUGGAGCGGGUGCGGCGGGAGGUGCGGAUGCCGAGGGCGCGGGAGACGACGAGGCGUUGCGGAAUCUGCUCGCUGCGCUGAGCAUGGGAGGAGAAGAUGCUGCUGCGCCUGCUUCAUCCGCCAAGUCCGCCCCAUCUACCUCGAAACCCGCUGCUCCCUCUUCUUCCGGCCCCUCAACUCAACCCGCCAACUUCCAGGAAGCCAUCGCAGCAUCCAUGUCCAAGCUGCGCGACUCGUCGACCUCGGCCAACGCAGCUGCCGAGUCGUCUCGCCCGGGCGACAACGCAGGGAUGGCGGCGAUGCUCGCGCAGAUGGCGGGCAUGCCGGACUUGGGCAACAUUGACAGCGAGGAGGGGCUGCAGGACAUGCUUGACGAGAUGAUGAAGCAGUUGAUGAGCAGGGACAUGUUGUACGAGCCGCUGAAGGAGCUCGCAGACAAGUACCCGGCCUACCUCGAGCAACACCGCUCAACGCUCUCCGCCGCCGACAUCGAGCGCUACGAGAAGCAACGCACGAUCGUCCGGCAAAUUGUCGACAAAUUCGAGGAGCCCGGAGCGGACAAGCAGCCGCCUUACACGCCUGAAGAGGAGGCGCAGCGGUCGGCGCGGUUGGAUGCGGUGGUGGAUUUGGUUGCGAAGAUGAACGAGUGCGGCGCGCCCCCGAACGAGAUUAUGGGCGAGAUGCCUCCAGGCAUGGACCUCGGCGCGGACGGCAUGCCCAAGGUGCCCGAGUGCGUGGUCUGCUAG